CAUCUCCAGAAAGGAAAUUAAAGCACCGUCUGAGUGAACGAACGAGCUUUAACCCAGAGGGCUUUCUUCUGCGCCGAGGUUUUAUUUUCCGUCCCCUUCCCUCUAUUGUUUCAGGAAUGUAUCGCUGAUUUUGCACUGUAGGCCAAGCUCGGUACCUACAGCUCUGGCCUACCUUACAGCUGGGAAUGUGAAUUUCACAAGAUACACAACACUCUAACUCCUCAUACCAGAUUAUGAAGAAAAGUUACUCUCUUUGAAUUCAGCUGGACCAUUCAAAAGAUUCAUUCUUUAUUCAUUCUUUAUUAUUUAACAAAAGGCACCCAAAAUUAAAACUUUUAAAAUGUUUAACUUAAUUAAAAAAGACAAAGAUAAAAAGGACAGGAAAGAAAAGAAGGAAAAGCGGGAGAAAAUGUCAGCAUCAGAAUUGAAAAGCCUUGAGGAAGUUGGUCUUCGUAGAGGACUUUUUAAUUUGAAUCGAUCUUCAAAGCGUGAGUCAAAAACCAAACUGGAAAUAUCAGCUCCUAUCCCAAUAAAAGUAGCCAGCAGUUCAGAUCUCAAUCUUACUGAUAUUGAUUCAGACACGGUUAGUAAUAGAGGAAGCAUGAUUUUUGAUUCUGAGCAGUUAAGUACUGCCAGUUCCAGUGAUGACCUCAAAAUCGAUGACAGUAGUUUGAAAGGAUCAGUACUUCAGCGAGCUGCUCUAUUUGGCUCUCUUGCUAAACAGAAUUCAGUCCAGUUAGUGAAAAGAUUCUCUUUUUCACAAAAGAAUCGAGAAGAGACAACAUCAGAAAUAUCAACUCCAUCAGAAAACUCGGCAACUCCCUCACCUCAAGUUGAAAUGAGAAAUGAAAACCUUCUUCUUGAGUAUCUGGAAGAAAUGCCUAGAAAUUCAUCAAAUACAUUGAUGGAAAUCCCUGAUAUUCAAAUACCAGAAGUUGUGGAUAAACGUUUUGCAGCUGAUUUGAAGUUACCACCUGUGAUGCCACCUUUGCCUAUAGAACCGAGAGAACUUGUAUUGCAGAGGAGAAAUACAGGAGACUUUGGUUUUUCUUUGCGGAGAACAACUAUGCUGGACAGAGGACCUGAUGGACAAGUGUACCGCAGGAUGGUUCAUUUUGCAGAGCCUGGCGCUGGUACUAAAGAUCUAGCAUUGGGUCUGGUGCCUGGUGACAGACUAGUUGAAAUUAACAGUAAAAAUGUUGAAAAUAAGUCACGGGAUGAGAUAGUUGAAAUGAUUCGUCAGUCUGGAGACACCGUGAGAUUGAAAGUCCAGCCAAUCCCUGAAUUGAAUGAACUCAGUCGAUCUUGGCUGAGAAACCAUAAAGGAAUUCGUCGAGAUGCUUUUAGUAAGGUGGAAGAGGUGCCAGCAGCUGUGCUACAGUCUUCCUCAGCAUCUGCCUCAACCCAGCCUCAGGCGAAGACUGAGGAGCAGAUUGCUGCAGAGCAGGCAUGGUUUGAAGCUGAUAAAGUGUGGCUGGUCCACAAAGAUGGAUUCUCAUUAGCUGCUUGUUUAAAAACUGAUGCUGCACUCCCUAAACUGCCAGAAGGAAAAGUGAAAAUUAAACUGGAUCAUGAUCGAACUAUUCUGGAUGUAGAUGAAGAUGAUGUGGAAAAGGCCAAUCCACCAACCUAUGACCGAGUGGAAGAUCUUGCAUCCUUGUUGUAUCUCAAUGAAUCUAGUGUUCUGCAUACGAUACGCCAACGGUAUGGAAGUAACCUAAUCCACACAUAUGCAGGGUCAAAUAUGGUAGUAGUCAAUCCCCUCAGCUCUCCUUCAAUGUAUUCUGAGAAGGUUAUGCACAUGUUUAAAGGAUGUCGCAGAGAAGAUACUUCUCCACAUGUGUAUGCUAUUGCACAAGCUGCCUACAGAAAUUUACUAACUACCAGGCAAGAUCAGUCCGUUGUUCUGUUAGGCAGAAGUGGCAGUGGUAAAACCACAAACAGCCAACAUCUUGUUCAGUAUUUGGUUACAAUUGCUGGGAGCACAGGGAAAAUCGUUACUGUUGAGAAAUGGCAGGCGGUAUAUUCUGUUUUGGAAGCUUUCGGCAAUACCUCAACAAGUAUGAAUACCAAUGCCACACGUUUCUCGGAGAUCAUCUCACUUGACUUUGAUCAGGCUGGCCAGGUGGCUUCAGCUUCUAUACAGACUAUGCUUUUGGAAAAGGUCAGGGUAUCCAAACAUCCAGGAAGUGAAGGGACUUUCAAUGUGUUCUAUUAUCUAAUGGCUGGUGCUGACAACACUCUAAGAACAGAACUUCAUUUGAAUCAUUUUGCAGAAAACCAUGCUUUUGAAAUUUCACCUUUAUUAAAGCCAGAAGAAAAACAAAAGGCAGCUCAGCAAUUUAACAAACUUCAGGCUGCUUUGAAGGUGCUUGGGAUUUCAAAUGAAGAACAGAAAGCUUUUUGGCACAUCCUGGGUGCCAUUUAUCACUUGGGGGCGGCAGGUGCCACGAAAGCUGGAAGGAGACAGUUUGCUAGACAUGAAUGGGGCCAAAAAGCAGCCUACCUGUUGGGCUGCAAUUUAGAAGAAUUGUCUUCUGCAUUAUUUAAGCAUCAACCGAAGGUUCAGAGGUCAACUUCAUUCCGGCAAGGGCCAGAUGAAAGUGGACAGGGAGAUGGCUCAGGUCCCAAGAUAACAGCAAUGGAAUGUCUAGAAGCAAUGGCAUCCAGUUUAUAUGGAGAGCUGUUCAUGGUGCUAAUCUCACUCAUUAAUAGGGCACUUAAGUCCACUCAGCACUCACUUUGUUCCAUAAUGAUAGUGGAUACCCCUGGAUUUCAGAAUCCAAAGCUUGCAUCACCUGAGAGAGCUGCAACUUUUGAGGAACUCUGUCACAAUUAUGCACAGGAACGUUUACAGAUGCUCUUCUAUGAGCGAACGUUUUUGAAAGAGCUUGAUCGAUAUAAGGAGGAAAACAUAGAGCUUGAUUUAGAUGAAGUUGAAUCCAACUGUCCUUUUUCUGUAGGUGCCAUAGAUCAAACAUCUCAUCAAGCACUGGUUCGAACAUUGGCUAGGACAGAUGAAGCAAGAGGACUGCUUUGGCUGCUAGAUGAAGAAGCUCUGAAACCUGAUGGAAGUGAAGACACACUUUUAGAGCGACUGUUCACAUAUUAUGGACGACAAGAUGGAGACAAGAAUGGUCAAUGCCCUUUGUUGAAAGGCAACAAGCUUCAUCAUUUCAUCCUAGGUCACUGUUCCAAUACCAACUGGGUGGAGUAUGACACAACAGGCUGGUUGAAUUAUGCAAAACAGAAUCCUGCUACUCAAAAUGCUGCCACUCUACUUCAAGACUCUCAGAAGAAGAUCAUUAGCAAUCUGUUUAUGGGCAGAGCCGGAACUGUAUUGUCUGGAUCAAUUGCUGGCCUGGAAGGUGGAUCCCAGCUUACUUUGAGAAGAGCUACAAGCAUGAGAAAGACUUUCACCACUGGCGUAGCUGCAGUAAAGAAGAAAUCAUCGUGCAUUCAGAUUAAACUCCAAGUGGAUGCUCUUAUUGACACAGUGAAAAAGUCCAAAAUUCAUUUUAUCCACUGUUUGUUACCGAAAACUGAUGCCUUUAUUGAAACAAAAGUGUCUCCAACGCCUUCUCUAAAGUCUGGAAUCAUAGAAACUGAUAUCCAGGCAGAAAAUUUUGAAGCGGGUCUAAUGCAGCUGGAUGUUCCACUUCUUCGAGCCCAGAUUAGGGGCUGUAAACUUCUUGAUGCCCUAAGAAUAUAUAGACAAGGCUACCCAGAUCAUAUGGUGUUUUCAGAAUUCAGACGGCGUUUUGAUGUCCUUGCACCACAUCUUACUAAAAAGCAUGGGCGCAACUACAUUGUUACAGAUGAAAAACGGGCUGUAGAAGAGCUUCUGGAGUCUUUGGAUUUAGAGAAGAGCAGUUAUCACAUGGGCCUUAGUCGGGUGUUUUUUAGAGCAGGAACUCUUGUUAAAUUGGAAGAACAAAGGGAUGAACAGACCAGAAGGAAUAUCACUCUUUUUCAGGCAGCUUGUAGAGGAUACCUUGCACGGCAGUAUUUCAAGAAGAGAAAGAUUCAAGAUCUAGCUAUUCGUUGCAUCCAGAAAAACAUUAAAAAAAACAAAGGAGUAAAGAACUGGCCGUGGUGGAAACUAUUCACUACAGUUCGGCCAUUAAUUGAGGUUCAAUUAACAGAAGAGCAAAUAAGAGGCAAAGAUGAGGAGAUUCAGCAGCUACGCAGCAAAAUAGAACGGGUUGAAAAGGAACGCAAUGAACUACGGCUAACAAAUGAUCGUCUAGAAAGCAGGCUUGGAGAACUGACGUCAGAAUUAACAGAUGAGAGAAAUACUGGCGAAUCAACAUCUCAGCUUCUCGAGACAGAAACAGCGGACAGACUUCGGUUGGAGAAGGAAAUGAAAGAGCUACAGGCUAAAUGUGAUGGAAUGAAGAAACAAAUGGAUGCAAUGGAAAUGGAAGUGAUGGAAGCUCGGCUUAUCAAAGCAGCAGAUUUAAAUGGAGACUUGGAUGAUGAUGAGUCUGGUGGAGAAUGGAGAAUGAAAUAUGAGCGUGCAGUAAGAGAGAUAGAUUUCACCAAAAAACGACUGCAUCAGGAAUUUGAGGACAAACUGGAGGUUGAAUUACAGAGCAAGAGGCAAAUAGAACGAAAAGUUGCAGACUUGCAAGCUGAUAAUGAGGAAAUGCAGCGUAGCAUUCAACAACUGAAGAAAAAAUCCCAGCGACUUACAGCGGAAUUGCAAGAUACAAAGCUUCACCUUGAGGGUCAACAAGGACGUAACCAUGAAUUAGAAAAGAAACAACGAAAGUUUGACAGUGAGUUAUUGCAAGCUCAAGAUGAAGCUCAAAGAGAGAAGAUUCAGAAAGAGAAACUGAGCAGAGAAAGAGAUAGUUUUAUAGCAGAGAUAUUCAGUCUAAAGCAACAGCUGGAUGAUAAAGAUUCUGAGAUUAUCACUGUAACCCAGAGGGCAGAGCGAUUAGACGUAGAACUGCAAGAUCUAUCUUCUCAAGAAUCUAAGGAUGAGGCUUCGCUCGCUAAAGUGAAGAAGCAGGUUCGUGAGUUGGAGGCUAAAGUUAAGGACCAGGAGGAGGAGCUGGAUGAACAAGCUGGAACAAUUCAGAUGCUAGAACAGGCCAAGCUUCGGCUAGAAAUGGAAAUGGAGAGGUAUAGACAAACUCAAGCAAAGGAAAUUGAAAGCAAAGAAGAAGAAGUGGAAGAAAUUAGGCAGUCUUGCCAAAAGAAGUUGAAACAAUUUGAGCUGCAAUUAGAAGAAGAGUAUGAUGAUAAACAGAAAAUAUUGAGAGAGAAAAGAGAUCUGGAAAACAAGCUUGCUGUAGUCAGUGAAAAGGUCAGUGAAAGAGAUUUUGAAACUGAGAAAAGACUACGCAAGGACCUUCGGCGUACAAAAGCUCUUCUGGCUGAUGCCCAAAUAAUGCUGGACCACUUCAAAAAUAAUGCACCCAGCAAAAGGGAAAUUGCACAGUUGAAAAAUCAGCUUGAAGAAUCAGAGUUCACCAGUGCUGCAGCUGUCAAAGCUCGAAAAUCUAUGGAAGUUGAAAUGGAGGAUCUGCAUCUUCAGAUUGAAGAUAUCUCGAAGGCCAAAGUUGCACUGGAAGAGCAGUUGAGUCGUCUUCAACGUGAAAAAAAUGAGCUACAGAGCCGACUCGAGGAAGACCAAGAAGAUAUGAAUGAACUCAUGAAGAAACACAAAGCCAUAGUAGCUCAGUCAUCUAGGGAUCUGGCCCAGAUUAAUGAACUGCAGUCACAGCUAGAUGAUGCCUAUAAAGAAAAACAAGAAUUGCAAGAAAAGUUACAAGGAUUGCAGAGUCAGCUAGAUUUUACAGAACAAUCCAUGGUCGAUAAAUCCUUGGUGAGUAGACAAGAAGCCAAGAUUCGUGAACUUGAAACCAAACUGGAAUUUGAGAAGACUCAGGUUAAACGUCUUGAGAGCUUAGUUGGUCGUCUCAAGGAAAACCUGGAAAGACUGGGAGAAGAAAGAGAUCAGAGAUCAGCUGCUGAGAAUCGUGAGAAAGAACAAAAUAAACGACUGCAACGACAGCUUAGGGAUCUUAAGGAAGAAAUGGGUGAACUUACCAAGAAGGAAGCAGAAGCCAGCCGUAAAAAACAUGAACUAGACAUGGAUAUUGAAAGUCUUGAAGCUGCAAAUCAGAGUCUACAGUCUGACCUUAAGCUUGCUUUUAAAAGAAUUGGAGAUCUACAAGCAGCAAUUGAAGAUGAAAUGGAAAGUGAUGAAAAUGAUGACCUUAUUAAUAGUUUGCAAGAUAUGGUGACAAAGUAUCAAAGGAGACAGAAUAAAACUGAAUGUGAUUCAGACACAGACUCUGAAGUUGAAAAACGUGUAGAUGGUGUCAAGUCCUGGCUCUCAAAGAACAAGGGCUCAGAUGAUGGAAGCCUAAAAAGCUCAAGAUUUUCUGUUAGUUUAGACCUGAAAGAGGGGAAGGAAGGAAAGGAAUUAAAGGAAGGGAGAGAAGUGGAGGACUCUAGACCUGCUUCUGUAAUGAGUUCCCUCAGCUACCGUAAACGAGGGAAUAUGAAGGAUUCUCUCAGUGGUAAAAGUAAUAAUGAUUCUCUUCUCUCAACACUAAGUAAAGAACGAUCAAUGUCACCCGAGAGAUCAUUUCGAAAAGCAAAGAAAGCCACCAGUACAGACAAUUUAAAUGACAGCUUUUCUACUACUUCAUGGAAAAAACUCCAAGCAGCUGAUGACUUGGAUGAUGGGGGAUCUGUUAUUUCUCAGGCAUAUUCAGAGGCAACGAGUAGAGCAAGGAAAGGAUUAGAUAGGAGAUGGGCCUUGACCAGUCCUGACUUUGACAAAGCUUCUACUGUUUCAGUUCCUGUUAGCCGAGCUUCCAUAAGACGUAGUUUGGAAGCUGACGAUGAUGCAAAAUCAUCUGUGAGUUUUGCUUUAACCAGUCCUCCAUCCAGUUUGAGACGAAGCCUUUCAAGGCUCGAUGAUAAUCAUAGUGAUGUGUACAGUCCAGUUAGUCCUUUGCUCAACCGUAGAUCAGAAUUAGGACUACAAACCUCAACCCUUAGUCAUUUAGACACAAGAUUAUCCAUUUCAAAAAGUAGAUUUGGUGAGUUGGAAGAUGAUGAUGCUGCACCAAGUGUGGCACUAAGUGAAAGGUCAUUAUAUAGUCAGCACUCUGUAGGGCGAAGUUUCAGUGUUCCUCCCAGACCUAGAUCAUCUGUUUCAGAUGAAGUGCCAUCAGAAAGUUCUAAUAUUAAGCCAGUAGGUCACCGGAAUUAUUUGGAUCCAGAUUUAGAGGCUGCCAUUAAUGAGGUUCUGGAUUAUAAACCAAUUACAUUUAAAAGAAGUAGUCUAGACCCAGAAUCUGAUGAGAAUGAAGAAGAAAUGAAUAAGCAAUCAACCAGCCUUCGAAGGUCAUCAUCCUCUUUAGAUGUAAGUAAGUCCCAAAACAAGAAAUGCAAAAGCAAGAAAAGCAGAAGUUCUGAUUCUGAGUCAUCCUCAUCAGAAGAGGAGCACCGAAAGAAGGGCUCCAAGAAGCAUUCUAAAAAGUCUAAGAAAAGAUCAAGAAAGAAGGAAAGUGAUUCUGAAUCAUCAGAAUCAUCCAGUUCCUCCUCUUCAGGCUCUACAGUCUCAUAUCGAAGUAUCAACAGUGUCAAACGAAAUGCAAAGAAAAGAGAAACUUAUUCACAAGGUGAUGAUGGUAAGGAAGAUAAAACAGAUGAAAAUUCUGGAAAGAAAAUGAAGAAAAGUGACAAGAAGAGAAUGAAACAAGUAGACAGUGUGAUGAUGAAGUACUUGUACAGACCAGAGAGUGAAUAAUGAAUCCUCCUUUAUAUCGUCGACACAUAACUGUUGAUGACUCUGAUGAUAACAUGGAUGGUGUGGAAGACUACUUCAAAUCCAGGUUGGCAACAAGACGACCACUAAGCAACAAUGAUAGUGACAGCAAAAUUGUG